AUGACGAGCUUCGACGACAACAACGAUGGCGUCAUUGACGCGAAAGACGCUGUCGACGUCGCCGAGGACAUUGCCAAGAAGACGGCGGCGGAGCGGGAGGCCCAAAAGGAGGCCACAAGGGAGCGCAAGAUCUCUCAGGUCUUUCGGAGGUUUGCGAUGGUGCUGGUGCUCGCGCUGCUAGCCUCGGUCGGCAUCAAUGCGGGCCUGACAGCAGCGGUCGUCUAUGCUGUUAAGGACACCGAGGUUGACGGCGUCCUGCUUGUCUCGUCCGACACCGGCGACGUGCUCAAGGUGAGGUCGAAUCGGCGGCCUUCUGGUGGCGGCGUCCGGCGAGUGCGGUGCGCGGGCUCGGCGUGA